AAGAAGUAUUUUAAAGAGCCGCGAAAAGUGCAGACUACAGUAGUGUCCGCAGCGCCGCAACAAAAGAGCGCGUCAAAACGGGCAGACAAAACUGCACUCGAAACAAUCACAACUAACUGGAAAAUGUAAACAAACAAAGGCAACAGCGGCUAAACAACUUUCUGCGAACGCCAACGAAACAAGCUGAAAGAAACAACUGAAAGAGCCAACAACAACAGUUAGCACAGCGGAAGAAUCUCGCUGGAGUUAGCCAUCUACAAUAACUCCGAACCGGGCGCUACGUGUGAACGAAGCCGAAGUCAAAGUCAAAGUCGAAGAGAAAGAGGAAGCCAGGAAAAAAACUGAACUGAACGAUACAUAAACUGUUUGCCGCUAACAACUUAACGAAAGCCGAGAGCGAGAGAGAGAGUGUGUGUGAUAUUAACCGGCAGCUUGGCCUGGCCCGGCCAUGAUCUUGGCCAGCACGGAACGCGACUCAGUCAGUUGUCGGUCAGACGCGCACGCAUGCGCACGUUAUUGAAGAUUGGAGCGUGGAUACAAAUACGAGUAUCUCUGAGAUACUAAGAUACGAAUUACGCGGCAACCGUUAGACUGUAGGUGUGUCUCGCGCGCAUAGAUGAAGUAAUUGCAGGUGGCAGCUUCAUGUCGUUUUGAGCGUCUUGUUCAAAGUUUGAGUUUUGGUAAAGCAAAUAGAAAAUGUGCUAAAUGCAGUAGAUAGCGAAAUUGCAAACACUCUCGCACAAAAUAGACGACAAAAAGAAAGCAACGUUGUGCGUGCCACGCACUGCCAAAAAGAAUUUGUGAAAAUCAACAACAUUACAGUUGGCAAACAAUAAAGAGCGUGCCACAACGGACAAGUUCAAAUCAAUGAAAUUGUGUUUGCGUGUUAAUCUGGUUUUGUGCGGAACAUUUGUAAAUUGAUUGUGACCAACAAACGGCAGACAGACUGAUUUCGCCCACAAAAAAAGCGACAAUAGUUGGUUAUUGUUUGGAGGCCAUCACAGCUGCCCUGAGCCCAGAGCCCUGAGCACGUCGGCCCAGUUAGCAUAAUUCGCCAACGGCAGUCGAGCGCAACCAAAUAGCCUCAACUUGGGACGAUAAUUUGUUCAAUUACAGUCGGAAGGUGUGAAUUUGCACAGCCGCAAAUGAAACAAAUGAAAUUGAAAAUGCGAAUGCAAAACCUUUCAGUUGACACAAAAAACUGGACACUCUUUAAUUGGCUGAGAAGUGAGAGUCAUUGCACAUCCUCAAUUCAGAGUAAAAGAAAUCGCAUUGCCAUGGCAAAAACUAACAACAACAACUCGCACAACUUGCUGCAGCUGACGUUAUUGGCGAUGUACCUCUGCUUCCAUCUCGCCAGCACUGUCAACGCGGAUGAGCUGUCUGUGUCCACAACGCCACUAACGCCUGACUUCAGUACCGAGUCAGGAACUGAGACAAUCACAAAUACACCUGCAGAGGAUUGGCAACCGAUUGUAAAUGUAACUCAGAAGCCGUCAACUAGGAAGCGGGUCAACGGAAGCGACUCAAUACUGUUGCGUUUCGCGCGCAGUUUCUCCAGCGGCAACGAGCUCUGGGAUGGUAUCAUACGCGACUGCUACAAGCGACCAGACAUGUCCUGCUUUCAAAAGAAUGUCUACAGCUAUCUGGAUGGGGCUCUGAGUAUGAACGAUGUCAAUGUGACACAGCGUCUAAAGUUCUACAAAAAUCAAGUGCAAUACGAGCCGGAUAAUGAAAUCGAAGAGGAAAUACCGAAUGAAGGGCGAUCUGCCCCGGAAACCCCCAUCGAGGAAGUGUCCAAUGCGCUCUACGGGAAAACAAUCAAAUUCGCAAUGACACACGAUGUGGAAGUUCAAUUGCCGGAGAUUAUGUUUAAUGGUGCCACAUUUCGAAUCUCGCCUCGGUCCAUCGAAGGCAAUGGGGUCAUUGCCAAACUGGAGCUGAUACCCAAACAGAUGGUGCAGGCUCGUCUACUUGGCAUGAUCAAGAAGAAAAUCGACAAAUUUCUACGCAACAAAUUGCUGUUGUCAUUUAUUGCAUUGGCGCUCAUCAUUAAGAUCAUCAAGAUCAAGUUAUUCUGGUUGCUUCCGAUCGUCAUUGGCGUUGGUGCGGCCAAAAAGUUGUUGCUGAAAUUCCUACUCUUCCUUUUCCCGGCAUUAUCGCAUCUCUUCAAGCUCUGCUCAUACUAUCAGCAGUCGUAUCAUGGAGGCACGAAGUACCAUCACCACCAUCAUCUGAUCAAUCAUCAUCACACGGUUGUGCCACCAUGGCACAGCGGUGAGCAUCAUUCGGUGCCGGAAAUCAUCUACACGCAUCCACCCAAAGGACAUCCAUCAGCAUACCUACACGGCGCUCCUGUGCACGAGACCUACGGUCCUGGGCCAGGACAUGAGCACUUCGAGGGCGCUUGGGAGAACAGCGGACCUGGACUGGGCUCUGAAUACAUAGGCGAUAUUAAUCGCGCUGCACACGUUGAUGAUAAUGCGCAUUAUUUUAAACCUCACACAAACGAUGCAAAUGAGCUGCAUACUUGGGGCUUGGGCACAACCCAAAGUUAUGCAAAGCAGCAACAGCAGCAGCAGCAUCGUCAGCCGACUGUUUCCCAGUAUCAGCAUCAGCAACAAACGCAAUCAUGGCCAGGCACCCAACAACAAAGGCCACCCACACAGCCACAACAACAACAACAGCACCAACACCAGCAACAACAAUUGAGUUAUCAAACACCGCAUGCCUCUAGUCACAGUUUAAAUAAAUUACAGAAUCUGGACGAACAAAGCUCCAGGCCAGCCUUUUCACAGCACAAUCCUGUCUAUGCAGCAGGACCCCUGCGACAGAAUGUCGGAGGUGGGCUAACAGCUGCACAAAUCGCUGCCCAAUACGAGCCGCCAGCCCGAAGCAAUCAGCCCCAGCAGCAGCCACAACAACAGGAGCCUCAACUUUCGCCACAGCUGGCAGCACAAUUGAAGGAGGCUAUUCGCAUACAGGCUGAGCAACGACUGAUCCAACAGCAACAACAGAUUCUGGAGCACCAACCUUUCGUACAGGAUGGACAGCCACUGUAUCCACUGAACUAUGAUCCAUUCUACAGCCCGAUAUUACUGAAGAUUGACAAAAUCAUCGAGCAGCUGGGCGUCAAGAAUGAUCUCUGCAAAGAGCGCAUCGUGUGCAACAUGUACAAGGAUCCAGCGACCUACAGUCCGCACAGCAAUUUCAUAUCCGCUGAGCUCAGUCGAGAUACAAACGAACUGGAGCCCGUAACGCAUGCCAAUGAGGCAGUGCGUCGCUUUUACCGUCUCAUACAGGCAGCCCGUGAUGGACAGGAGCAAAAGGAUUGUCAAAUCCUCUAUCCACAGUGCAAUAUGCAGACAUAAUACAAUAGUUGAUAAUGCAGCAGCUGCAUUAGCAAUAAGUACGAACUAUUUAAUUUGAGUCAACAUUUCCUUGUUAAAUCGAACUGUGAAUAUGCGAAUAUCUUAAACAUAAUCUAAUUGUUAAUCUUUA